ACAACGAGUCCUUCCCCGCCCCUCUGGCCCCCCCGCCCCCGCCCGAGCUGUGCGCCCAGCUGGGGUUGCAGGCGGGGGAGGCGGAGUACGAUGCAGUGGUCUUCCUGCGGGACCUGGUGGUGCUGCUGCAGGUGGCGCAACACGCGGGGUUCACCGCGGAGGACCUGGUGACCGCCGUCAUUCGCUCCACGGGCUACGAGGCCUGGAUGGAGCUGGAGCUGGGGGCGAGGAAGGACCUGGCUGAGGAGCAGGGUCAGCUACGGGAGCUGGUGUGGGCGGCCGAGCAGUUUGGGGCGCGGUGGGGGGCGGGGGAGGUGGGGGAGGUGAAAGCGGGGGAGGGGGUGUUGCAGGCGCUAGCCGCCUACAUAGGGCCCCUGUUGGAUGGAGCGGAGGGGGCGCGGAAGCGCAGUGAAGCAGACCCCUCUCCCUCCUCCUCCUCCGCCUCCGCCUCCGCCUCCCUCCCCCCCGACUGCGUGCGGCUGCUGACGCUGCACGGCGCCAAGGGGCUGGAGUUCCCCGCCGUGUUCGUGGCGGGGUGCGAGGAGGGGCUGCUGCCGUACUGCGGGCCGGCAGGGGGGGCGGCAGGGGGGAGAGGGGGGGGAGGGGGCGGGGGGUGGGGCGGCAGUGCGCUGCAGGUGGAGGAGGAGCGGCGGCUGCUGUUCGUGGGCGCCACUCGCGCCAUGGACCAGCUCUACCUCACCUGGGCUGCCACUCGUGCCGCCAACCGGCAGCGGCACAGGGAGCAGCGGGAGCAGCAGCGGGGGAGGGAGAGGGGGAGGGCAGCGGCUAGGGACCCGGACGGCGAGGCGGGGGCGGUUGCUGCGGCCGCCACUGCCGCCCCCGCUGAGCGGCGGGGGGCGGCGCGGCGGCAGCGCCACCUGUCGCCCUUCCUGCUGGACCUGCUGCAGGAGCUGCAGCGGGAGGGGCGGGUGGUGGAGGCGGCGCCGGACGCGGCGGGCUGCAUAUCCGGCUGGCAGGGGCAGCAGCAGCAGGGGGAGGGGCAGGGGGAGGGGCAGGGGCAGCACCACACCCCUCCCCCGCCUCCGCUGCUGCUGUACCACGACACCACCGGCAAGCACCCGCUCAGCCA